AGGAAAUGCGUCGGAGAUGCGUUUCGCUUGGACGGAAGUUCUUCUAAAAUUGUAAACAACGGGACCGAGAGCAGCCAGUUUCCUCGGGAGGACUGGAAGCAAGACGUAUUCAUGGGUGCUGUUCUUGGCUUAUGUUCGAUGGCCAGUUGGGUCCCCUGCCUGUGCGGCAGCGCCCCCUGCCUGCUGUGCAGAUGCUGCCCCAGUGGGAACAACUCCACAGUGACUCGGCUGGUCUACGCUCUCUUCAUGCUGCUGGGUGUUGCAGUUGCCUGCCUCAUGCUCCUGCCAGGCAUGGAAGGACAGCUGAUGAAGAUUCCUGGCUUUUGUGAUGGUGGGAUGGGGACAUCCAUCCCAGGGAUGCAGGGCCAUGUGAACUGUAAUGUGCUCGUAGGGUACAAGGCAGUGUACCGCGUGUGCUUCGGCAUGGCCAUGUUCUUCCUGCUCUUCUCUCUGCUCAUGAUCAAGGUGAAGAGCAGCCAGGAUCCCAGAGCGGCUGUGCAUAAUGGGUUUUGGUUCUUUAAGUUUGCUGCUGCUACUGCACUCUCUGUUGGAGCUUUCUUCAUUCCUGAAGGACCCUUCACAACAGUGUGGUUCUAUGUGGGCAUGGCUGGUGCUGCCUGCUUCAUCCUCAUCCAGCUGGUCCUGCUGAUUGACUUUGCGCACUCCUGGAAUGAGUCUUGGGUGGAGAAGAUGGAAGAGGGCAACUCCCGCUGCUGGUAUGCAGCUCUCCUUUCGGCAACAACCGCAAACUACCUGUUCUCGUUGACAUGCCUGGCCCUGCUUUACACAUACUACACCAAUCCGGAGGGCUGUGCUGAGAAUAAGGCCUUCAUCACUGUCAACAUGCUGCUUUGCCUCGGGGCAUCUGUCAUGUCUGUCCUGCCAAAGAUACAGGAGGCACAGCCAGGCUCUGGCUUGCUGCAGUCCUCUGUUGUGACCCUGUACACCAUGUAUUUGACCUGGUCUGCCAUGACCAAUGAACCUGACAGGAAGUGUAACCCCAGCUUGCUUGACAUCAUUGGCAACAAUGGCACCAGCCCAACGAGGCAGGACCAGGUGGUGCAGUGGUGGGAUGCACAAGGAAUUGUGGGAUUGAUCCUGUUCUUAAUGUGUGUUCUGUACUCCAGCAUCCGAAACUCUUCAAGCAGCCAGGUAAACAAGCUGAGCCUGAGCAGUGACGAGUCAGCCCUGAUUGAGGACGCCGCCAGCCCCCCGGGGAAUUUUGAGGAGGCAGAGGACGAGCACCGCGCCAUUGACAAUGAGAGGGAUGGAGUGACCUACAGCUACUCCUUCUUCCACUUCAUGCUUUUCCUUGCUUCCCUCUACAUCAUGAUGACUCUCACCAACUGGUACAGCCCUGACUCCAGUUACGAAACGAUGACCAGCAAGUGGCCCUCCGUCUGGGUUAAGAUGUCCACCAGCUGGACCUGUGUCGCACUCUACGCUUGGACACUUGUGGCACCGCUGGUCCUCUCUGACCGUGACUUCGACUAGAGGGGCAGGAGGAAGGCUGAGUCGCAGCCGUGAUUGUAAAUACUGUCCGUCUGCGCCCCUCAGUCCACCGACCGCAUGUGCUCGAUUUUACUGCAUGUUUAGAGUAGAUGGUCAUUUCACUCAGUUUGCAUGUGGUUGAAUGGGUCAGCGUGAUGGAAAGGGGAGCAUGGUGUCCUGAUGCAGGAGGGAAGACCAAGACAGUCAACAUUGCCACUGGGGAAUUUUGGACAUUUUGAGUGCAAAGGAUAGGUAACAAAAAAUAAUUCCCCUUUAAGUAUUUGUUUUUUGACACUACUGGUAAGAAGUCUUAGUCAUGCAAUAUAAAGGGAAUGGAAUUGAAUGCAUAGUAGUUCACAUUUUGUGUUAAGACUGCAAAAUUCCAUUCAUUGUCAUGUACAUAGAUGUGCACUGAAGGAUUAAUUGCUUAAAUCCAUAGUGUUGUCUCUUUAACUGCUUACCGUUCCAUUUCAGCAGUAUGAGCUAAACUACUUUAUAUGCUGAUGUAAAGAGCACCAUGUUACAGGUGAAUAUCUUACUUAGAUGUGUUCCCUCAAUGCCUCUGCCCCUUUCCCCUUUUGAUGUGAUAGUAUGCUUUGCUGUUUUAGAUUAGACAGCAUUUGCAUUAUCAUUUUGAAUCUUUCACUUGUUACAGUGUUAACCCUUUACCUUUCACACUUGAUUUUUCCCCCUCUUUCUCUUUUAAGUGUGUUAUGUGUGUGUAACUUUUGUUUUUAAAUGGAUUUGGGGAAUAAUUAGUAAGCACACUGAAGCACUGUUCAUGAAAUACCAGUGUCAUUGGUGUUGUGCAGUUGUGCACUACGCAGGCCGGCAGUGGAUCUCCACUAAUUGUGCAAGUACCAUUAUGUAAUUAUAUAGUAUAAUUUUUUUUUUUUUCCAUUUGAACUGCAUUUGAAAACUCAGUCUUCUUGUACCUUCAAUAAAUUUCCUUAAA